AUGAAAAAUAAUUUUAUAGCUUUAGUUUUAUUAAUAUUAUUAUUUUCAAUUCAAUUGGCAUAUUCCUUUGACCCAAAAAAAUGUUCAAUGUGUACUACCGCAGUAGAUUUAUUAAGACGUGUUGAUAGCCCAGAGGAUAGAGAAAACAUUAUCAAAUAUAGAUUGUGUCUAAAGUUUAAAAAGGUAUUUAUAGCAAUUACUUAA